UCUCUGUACCCCACGCAAACCUUCCUGCUCACGGUUCCCCCGCCGCCCUAAUUACUUUUUUCCUCCGACCAUCGUCCGUCGUAGACGACCGUCACACGAGGACGGGUGUCCCCGUUUUCCUUCGAGGCGAAGCGCGCCUCCUGUUCUCUCCCUCUGUGGCAAGAUCUUUUCGUCUUGACUUCGUCGCAGGUAACAGCAACCACUGCUGUCUCUUCGGCAUUACUCUUUUAUCUUCGCCGGAACUUUUUCCCAGCCACUCUAUAGUAGUUUAGAGGAACAUGUCAUUUCCAUUUUUACCUUCCAAGCGUGCUUAUGAAAGAAAUCCCAUUGAGCCAAAUGGGAGAGCAAAAUGGCAAAAGACAGGACCUCAUACAAAACAGCAGAAACAGAUAAAAGCACCCACUGGGGUUACCAUGUUCCGAGUUCUGUGUCCUGCAUCAAAAUCUGACAGUGUGAUUGGUAAAGGUGGAGAAAUUGUAGCAAGGAUACAGAGAGAAACUGGUGCGAAGAUUAGACUUGAAGAAAUUGUAUCUGGUUGUGAUGAGAGAGUUAUUCUUAUUACUGGAUCAGAGAAAGAUGCAGAACUUGGCAAUGAACAUAAAAAAGAAGAUGAAGACACUCUUGUUUCUGAAGGCGACGUCAAUCUCAAGGAAAGUGCUGAAAACAUUGGAGAGGCCGAGGACUCUUCUGCUCCAGAAAGUACAAAAGUGGAUGGAGGACCACCGUUGUUAGUUAAUGCUCUUUUGCUUAUAUUUGAGGGAAUUAUUGAAAAUGAACCAGUUAAUGAGGUAGAUGAAGAAGAAAGUAAGAAGCUUUCUACAGUUUCUGCGAGAUUGUUAAUUCUGUCUAAUCAAGUUGGUUGUCUACUUGGGAAGGGUGGGAGUGUUAUCAAACAGAUAUCAGCAGACAGUGGAGCCCAUAUUCGCAUACUUUCAAAAGAUAAACUUCCUUUGUGUGGCACACAACAGGAUGAAAUUGUCCAGGUAACUGGAGGGGUUGAUUCAGUGAAGAAAGCUCUUCAUUUAGUUGGUCAGCAGCUCCUAGAUAACCCACCACGCGAACGUGAUCCAUUUCCUCCGGCAAAUUCUUUUGGUCCCUCAUCACAUCCAUUUACUUCUAUUCCUCGGCCAGAAGGUCUUCCACUACCUAAGUUUCAUUAUCCUCCUCAAGGACCACCCUUCUCUAACAGGUCUCAGGGCAUGCCUGACUUCCAUCAAGGCAUGGGUUCACCUUUUCCUAAAUUUCAUGAAAGUGGACCACCCAUCCAUCCUCAAAUAUCUGCAGAGCCCAUCACUUUCAGGUUACUCUGCCCUGCUGAGAAGGUUGGAAUUGUGAUAGGGAAGGGAGGGAACACUGUUAAAACUCUUCAAAAUGAAACUGGUUGUGAAGUUAAAGUUACAGAGACAACUCCUGAGUCAGAUAAUCGCAUUAUAAUCAUAUCUGGUGUUGCAUUUCCAUCGGAUGAGGUUGCGCCAGUACAGGAUGCUGUUCUUCGUGUGCAGCACAGAAUAGUAAUGGGUGUACCUGAUCCUAAAGAGGGCACUGUCAUGUGUAGGCUGAUUGUUGCUUCCAAUCAAAUUGGUUGUCUUCUUGGCAAAGGUGGAGCUGUAAUAACUGAGAUAAGGAAGCUUUCUGGAGCUCAAGUACGUAUCCUUGGUAAAGAUCAGAUCCCUACGGGUGUACCUGAAAAUUAUGGGAUGGUCCAGAUAUCUGGAGAAUUUGGAGCAGUUCAGGAUGCAUUGUUACAAAUAACUUUUAGGCUGAAGCAACAUCUUUUCCGUGAUAAGUUACCUUCCAUGGAUCCCAACAUGCAUCCUUCUUUUGUUGAGCAAAUACCUCCAUAUGGAUUGCACAGAGGAAGGAGGGAGUCGUCACCCUCCAUGUUGAACUCUAAUUUGCCCCCAUUUCAGAAAGAUUUUGUUGGUCACCCCUUUGAGGAAAGAGCUGCCUUUUCUCAUCGAAUGCAUGGUUCAGGUAUUCCUCCUCUUGGCGUUGAGAGACCUGGACCAUGGCUACCUCAGGGCAUGAGAGAUUCUGGUGGCCCCUUGCCUUUACCUGAUUACCCUGGAGUAGGUCCACAUAGAAGGAUGGGUUUAUUUGCUAGUGGAAACCAAUCAGUUCCUAUUGGAAGUGUAGAUGUCGUUGUUCCACGGUCUCUUGUACCUAACUUGUAUGGUGUAGAUGGUGGCUGCCUAAGGUGGAUCCGUGAGAUAUCAGAAGCAAAAAUUACGAUUACUGAACCUAGAGCAGAGGCAACUGAGACAAUGAUCAUAAUAGCUGGAACACCGGAACAGACCCAUGCUGCUCAAAGUCUCAUCCAAGCUUUUGUGCUGAGUGAAACUAGUUCCAUAGAAUCGGCCAAACCUUGAGGUUCUACAUUUUGAAUUUGAUUGGACUUCCACUGUUUGCUUUAAGGAGUUACCCUGUAAAGGAAGGUACACAAAAUAUGUAUAUAUAUUCUUAAAAAAAUUAUUUAUAUUCUUCCGCAUUAUGAUUUCCUGUUGUUUUUGAUAUAUAAAGUUCAGAUUUGUUUACGAAGUUGUCACGAGUAAUCACAUUUUUCUGUGUAUCUAAACUGAUAAAUAAAUUAUGUUGGGUUUCUGUUUGGUUGGAUAUAAUCUUUGUUUACUGAAAAGUAAAACAUCUAUCCCCUUUUGGAAACCAUAAAUUACAUUUGCUGGAUUAGUUGGUGCAAAAAUAUAAUUGCUGGUCUUGGAAGUAAACUAGCUUGUUUACGAAAAUAGUUAGAUGAUUGUCCAUUGAUAUUUUAGAUACAAUCUUCUGGUUUACAGGAACUAAGUUUUUUUUAGAAAUUAAUUUGGAACCUUGGAACAUUUAUCAAGGUAGUUCAAUAUAUCUUUGUUGAGAUGAUAAUGAUGUGUGUGUGUGUGUGUGUUUUGGGGGGGGGGGGGGGGGGGGGGUUGGGGGGAUGGGUUAGUUUAUCAGUUGGGUGAGAAAAAUUGAAAUCAUCAUGAAAAGAUUGAAAUGUCCAAACCAAAAGAACCAAUUUUUUUGGUUUUGUUAAGAUGGUAAAUUAAAAAAAAGUAUUAAUCAAACACCAAUAAAAACAUUAGUACCCGUGCAAGAUUUCUCUUGAGAAUAACCAUAAAGCAUUGUAUUUAUGGAUUAUAUUGGUUAGUGAACAUAAAUAAAUAGGAAUAAGAGAAAAUGACAGCUUGAUGCACGAAGCUCCCUUCAAUGAGGGGUCCAGGUGAAGGGUCUAUUGUAUCCGGCCUUACCUUGCUUUGCAAGAGACUGUUUUCAAGACUCGAAUAUAUAACCUCUGGGUUACACAGUAGUAACUUUACUGUUGCACCAAGAUUCCCCUUCGAUACUUGUAUAGGCUGCUUAAACCAAAACUUAUAAUUUUACUUAGUUCGCAAACCAAAACAACAGUUUGGAUUGAUUUCAAUCACUUUGUUCUAUCAGUUAUCCCCAUCCUUAUUGAUAUCCCAAUAUACCAUUUGGUUAAUUACAAAGAGGAAACAAAAACGAAGAAUGCUGAUAGUAUCAUAAUUCAGCAUGAAAGUGGAAAGGAGCACUCCGGAUUUUAAAAAUCUGAAUGCGCUAAUGUUUUAUCUUUGUUAACGGUACUACUUACCGAGCGUAGGAUGUUUUUUGUCUGACUUUUUGCUGAUUGGGUUAUCACGUUUCAUUUUUUUUUUCUCUGAUUAUCCUCUUGUCAAAAUCUGGAAGCAGCUAACAUGGUGCAUACCAGUUAUUAGCUUCGUUAAUUCAACAAACUCUACCCGGGUAUAUAUGCUGCCUCUUCAACCAUGUCAUUUUGAGCAUUGCUCAUAUCUUGUCAAUGUUGUUCUUUCUCUGUCUCCUUAGAUUAAACUUGUGGACAAUUAUUUACCUUUAUGGACUACUUUUUUAGUUUAUGAAUAGGAUUAGUUGUAGCUACUAGUUAUUGUUUAUCUGGUUGAUAUGACCCUGCAAACUAUUCUCAAUAUUGUUCUUUCAUUUUGGUUCAUACCAAAUGCUCACCUCUUUUAUUCUUGUGGUUUUGCUGAAUUUCUUUGCUAUUAUACCGUUUGAUUUGUUUUGUAAAUUCAAUAUUUUUCUGUAUAGCUCGUGGAGGUGGAUAUUCAUCUUUAGGCAAUUAUCAAAGGGUGCCGUGUUUUAAUUUUUGGAAACUGUAUUUUCGUUGCUAUUACGAAAGGUGGAUAUUUUCGUUGAAUGGUUGCCCCCUCUUUUGCCUUGUAUAAUCAAGCUGAACAGUAUAAUUUUUGGAAACUGUUACUUUAAUAGGAGGCUCGAAUCUGACUUUAAAUCUACCAAAACACUUGACUUGUUUAAACACUAAGCGAUUGAAGACAUGCUUCUUAUUCUUGCAUUUAA